AUGAGCCAAGCCGUGGCGACCUCCGAGAAGGAGAAGAAGGCCGCCGCCCAAGCCGCAGCUGCUCGCGAAGUGGCGCUGAAGGAUGCCAAAGUCGCCCAGGAUCGCUGCCGGGGGCUGGAGGCCGAGCUGAAGACCCUGCGUGAGAAGCGUGUGGAAGAAGCUCGUGGCCGCGAGGCGGAGGAGGAGAAGAUGAAGGCUCGGGAAGACGCCAUCAAGGGUCGCGACGCCGAGCUGGAGCAGUCGCCGAAGGUGCAGGCCGCUGAGCGCGGCCGGCUGGAGGAGCUGGAGCGGAAGGUGAAGGCGGAGAAGGCCGAACUUGACGCCAAGGCAAAGGUUCUGGCCGAGGACCGCGCGACCUUCGCGCUCCUCGAGGAGAGGAUGUACCAGCAAAUCUAA